GCAGUGCUCCCUGGUCAGGAUGCCACCGCACAGUGGGCCACCAUGAAGAGUUCACAUGAAUUGUGGCUUCUCCAACCUUUCCUCCCUUGAUCACAUUUUCGUCAUAAGGUUUCCUGAGGAUACCAUGACGGUCACAGUGGUGUAUGAUAACUCUGAGGCAACAGAGCUCUGUGCAGCUCAGCACCUCUACCUCAAGCCCAUAGCAAAAUUGAUGAUCAACGUAUUACUCCCAGAGAGUACAGAACCUCUGAGGCCCUUCUCUAACUGGGAAGUUCUUGACCAGCUGAAGAGCCUGAUUUGCCCUGACCAGUUCACCACAGUUCGGCUCUCCAAGAGUACAAAGGACUUCAUCCUAUUUGAGGGUGAGGCUGAAACACGAAAUUUGGUUCAGAUCCUGAAGGCAAAGUUACAUGGGAAGAUCAUCAAGCUAAAUGGUUUGAAAACAGACUUAAAAGUAGUGGCUACAGACGCCCAGGGAGAGUGGGAACACUUCCCCAAGGAAAAGGAGGCUCCCUCGAGUGAUGGGGCUGAAGAUCAGGACCAUGAUAAUAGCCCAGAUUCCAUAUAUUUCCAAGGCCUGCCCUGCAAGUGGUUUGCACCGAAAGGUUCCAGCGGGGAGAAGCCAUGUGAAGAGAUCCUUCGGGUGGUCUUUGAAAGUUUUGGGAAGAUCAAGAAUGUGGAUAUCCCUAUGCUUGACCCCUACAGAGAAGUGAUGACUGGUGGGAGCUUUGGGAGUUUUAGCUUUGGCUUGCAGACAUUCGAGGCCUUUAUCCAGUACCAAGAGUCAACUGACUUCAUAAAAGCCAUGGAGUCCCUUCGAGGGAUGAAGCUGAUGCUUAAAGGAGAUGAUGGGAAGGCUCUGGCAUGUAACAUUAAGGUUAUGUUUGAUACAACCAAACACUUCAGCGAAGGAGCUAUAAGAAGGAGAAAUCAAGAAAGGCUAAAAUUACUAGAGCUAGAGGAAGAAAGGAAAAAAGAAAAGAAGAGAGAAGAGGAAGAGGCUGAAAGAAAAAGAAAAGAGGAGGAGAGGAAAGCCCAGGAAAAGAGGAAGAAGGCCAGGGUCAGGAGGCGAGCCCUAAAGGAAAGGGACAGACACCGGCACAGGAAACACAAGGACGGAGCCAAAGCUGAGGCGCCUCCGGAGCCCGACUCUUCCGAGGAGUGGGAGGAGAGGAAGUACCUGCUGGCUCAGAGGCGGGUGGAGGCCCUUCAGUUGCUACGGGUGCUCCUGAGGAAAAUUGCAGGAUCCACACAGUUUAAUCCACAGGAGGUAGACGUUGCAGGCCCAGAAGCUAGUCAUGCCCCGAGGAACACAGUGGGAACUCUGAAGAAAGAAGAGUUAAAUGCUCAGUAUCUUCAAAAUCAAGAGGAAAUGCCAAAAUAUCAGGUUGCCAAGUCAGACAAUAAACGAAAACACAAAAUGAAGAAAAGAAUUAGGGCUCGCUUACGUAAAUCUUCCCACCACUUUGGGGGAAAAAAAAUAAGAUAUUCAGCUAGAAAAGAAAGAACUGGAAAAUUGUUAAUCUAUGAAUACAAUCACAGUUUUGUCUCUGACCAUAAUGCCUUGCAGAUUGCAAUGAUUCAAGGUCGGUCUCUGGAGAAAGAAGACCGCCACAGUUUUAAUACAUCCUAUUCUUCCAGAUUGUCUGAGAGAGACCAUGGGAGGAAACAGAAAAUCUAUGAAACAGAUGAAUUUAUUGACUAUCUACUAAACUAUUACCAAACUCCAAAAUAUUCCCGUAUCUGCUUACAACCAAGUCACAUAACAAGCACGUGUCAGUGGCAGAGGGCUGUCCAUACUAAGGGAAAUGGACUUCAAAUCAAUUUGAGAAAAUGUAAGCCUCACUCAGCCAGUUUGAGCCAAAUGCAAAACCUGGAAAGGAGACAACAGGUUCAAGAAGAUGAUUACUGGGCAAAGAUUUGUACUCAGGGUCUUGAGCAUAAACCACAAAAGAGAGGAAAAGUAGAUUAUGCCAAAGAAUGUACUAAGGAGGUUAAAAAUCAUUGCAAGGACACAGCCAGUGAAGCUGGUGAUCAGCUGUCCCCAACUGAUGGAAAAAGCCAUCUUUUGGAAAAGACUCAUGCUUACCAGGUCAAAGAGUCCAAAUCCACAAGUCAAAGCCGAGCUUCUUCACCCAACAGGUCAGCAGACUUAGAUUUGGAGUUGACAGAUUUCUUAGAGGAAAUUAGUAGUGAUUCUGAAUGCUUUAGUGAAACCUUUAGCAUAAACAAAGAGGAGAAAGAGAAGUCUGUGGCCACAUAUGAUAGCUUCCCAGAAAAAGCUUCUCUUGAUGCUGAUGAAAUUGUCACUUGCAAUCGAGAAAUUAGGUCAAGUCAGCAAACCUUGUAUUCAAAGUGGAAACAUGAUGGGGAAGAAAAAUACUCUAAAUACAAGCUUCAAAGACCAGGCAAAAGGUCCAAGUAUGAAGUGAGAUAUUCAUGGCUUGAGAGUGAAAACAAUUCCAUUAGAGACUGGGAGAGCAACAGCAUAAAGAGGGAGAUACUAGCCCCCAAAUACUUGUUUGAUGAAGGCUAUUACCGCCAAUCCAGUUCCAGUGGGCUAUUAGAUGACAUCACAAGGAAGAGGAGGAGGUUUAGUAAUAGUACAUUUGACCAGAAAGUGAACUAUAGGCCCUCUUAUGUGCCAAUAACAUCAUCAAAAAAUGCUAAUGCUUUCUAUUUGGGCAAUAUUCCUAAAAGAAGAGAGACUCCAUGGAAGUCAGAAUAUAACCAGGAUGCAAGAAGGUUUAAAAGAUAUGAGAAUUCUCAAGAUUUCAUGCUGAAUUCUGAUAAUUAUUAUAUUAGACAGAGCAGUCAGGGGCACAUUGACUAUGGAAGCUAUUUAGGAAACAACUACACUAGUUCUUUAUAUUUUCAAAUGUUUUGAUGGUCUCUUAGAUCAGGGACACCCUUAUUCACAAUAAACAAUUUGCAAGAAUAAAAUUUAAAACCAAAUAUAGCUAUGUAUUUAGGAAUUACAGAGCAAGAGAGUGACAUUUAAAAGCUUGAGCAAGGUCAAAUACAAAACCUUGUUUCCCUUGCCAAAGUAUAAAACAUAGAUCAAAAUGACUGCAGGUGUGUUAGCAAGAUUUGGAAAUACAAAACAUCCAGAUUCUGAAGCUUGGUAAACCAAUGUGCUUGCAAAACUUCUUUAUCCAAGGACAGACGUUUCUACAGUUCAACUGCAACUUUAAUUUGGUGCCAGCAAAGGAGCAAAUUAACAUUGAGAGGAGUUGAGAUAGCCCUCUAUGGCUCUUUAGCUGUCAUAAUGUCAUUUAGUACCAUUUAUCUUCAAAGGGGACAACAGUGAACAAAUAAGGAUCUUUUCACAUGUUCUUUGAUUUGGUCAGAAACACCACAUGCAGCAACAAACUUUGCUGACUUUUAUCUAGAAAUAACCCUAGAUAAAAGGAGAUGACAGCCAGGGCA